AUGUCACAGCAAUCUUUGCAGACCAAGCUAGUUUCCGUUGUGCAGCAUGUUGACCAGCACGGGUCCAGUGUGCCACCUAUUUACCAGUCGACCACUUUCAAGAUCGGGUCGCUGGAAGACGACGCUUCACAGCCAUACGACUACACUCGCUCGGGGAACCCCACCAGAACCGUGGUGCAGCACCAGAUCGGCAAGCUCUACGAUGUUGACGCGGCCCAGGUGCUCGCGGUCAGUAGCGGCAUGACAGCUCUGGACGUGAUCCUGCGUGCUCUGGUAUUGACCAACAAGUCGCGCGUGCCUACGAUCAUCGCAGGCGACGACCUUUAUGGCGGCACGCAGCGCUUGCUCACGCACCUCGAGUCACGCAACCACGCGCGUGUGCUUCACGUCGACACAGCCAACUACGAAACCUUUGUCGAGGUCUUCAAGCAACAAGAGCACGUGGACUGCGUUCUGUUAGAGUCCCCUACCAACCCCCUGCUGAAGGUCGCGGAUCUGCCCCGCCUCACCCAUUUCAUCAAGUCCGCCAACGAGGCGUGCCUAGUGGCCAUCGACAACACAAUGAUGAGCGGUAUGCUGUGCAACCCCCUCAAGUUCCAAUGUGACGUUGUGUACGAGUCAGCAACCAAGUACCUCAACGGACAUCACGACAUUAUGGCUGGCAUAGUUGUGACGCAGACGCUCAAGAUGGCGCAAGAAAUCUACUUUGUGAUCAACUCCACAGGCAGUGGGCUCUCGCCCUUCGACUCCUGGCUCCUCGUGAGAGGCCUAAAGACCCUCGGGGUCAGACUGUAUCAACAACAACACAACGCCAUGGUGCUUGCUCACUGGCUUGAAAACUCUUGUGGGUUUGUCGGCAAAAAAGGUGUCAAGGGCUCGCCACGCACCAGGUUUGUCGGCCUCAAAUCGCAUCCACAAUUCGAGCUCCACAAGUCUUUUAACGCCGGGCCUGGCGCAGUGCUCUCUUUUGAGACAGGUUCUUACGAGCACUCUAGGCGCCUGGUGUCCUCUCGCAAAAUCAAGAUUUGGGCCGUUACAGUGUCUUUCGGUUGCGUCAACUCGCUGAUAUCUAUGCCCUGCAAAAUGUCGCAUGCCGCUAUUGACCCGGCCCUGCGUCAAGAGCGCGACUUUCCAGAAGAUCUUGUCAGACUUUGUUGCGGCAUUGAAAAUAUCUCCGAUCUGCAGAACGAUUUACUGGAAGCUAUGAUCGACGCCGAUAUCAUAGAGCUGCGAGACGAAGGAAAAACAAUCUACAAUAAACUCAACGGUCAUAUCGCUACAAAUACAAUCGGGCAGGGAAAACUACCAAACAUUUACGAAGAGUUUUUCUCCCAGGACUUAGUCGAGCGCGGCUCAAUUUUGACCAGCCGUGCGAAGCUGUAG